UGCGAUUCAACAACAUCUACUUUCGGAUUGUCCGUCCUUCACUGUUUGGAGCACAUAUAGGGUUGGACUGGAAUUGGUUUUCGACGAAAAUAAAGUCCGAAGGUCGAGCAAAAGCUCCAGCCGGUACACACAUUAGGCAAUAUACGCUCACACAAACCAUUCAGGCUGUAAACAAGACCAAUAUGAGAAGACCUACAUGGUCUAGAGUACCAACCCACAUACCUGGACAAACGUGUCUGCAAUGGGGAGUCAGAGGAACGGAUUCAGAAAGGAGACCUUCAUCCUGUCAGUGGACGUCGGUACAACAUCUAUCAAGUGUCACGUUUAUGACAAGGAGGCAAAAAUCAGAGGAUCAUGCAUCACCAAGGUUGUUCCCCUGUAUCCAGAGGUAGGACAGGUGGAGAUGGACCCAGAUGCAUUAUGGAAAGGGUUUAUUACCGUGGUCAAGGGAGCUGUUCAAGAUACAGGAGUACAAAUGCAACAAAUAGAGGCUCUUGGUAUAUCUACUCAGCGAGGCACCUUCACAACAUGGGACAAGAAAACUGGGGAGCCUUUCCAUAACUUCAUCAGCUGGCAGGACCAAAGAGCUGCUGACCUGGUGAAGUCCUGGAACACGUCAUGCACCAUGAAAGCAAUCCAUGGUGUGAUGAAGGUGCUUUACUUCCUGACCAGGCAGAAACGGUCCCUUGCAGCGAGCCUUAUUGUCUUCUCCACCCAACAUGUAACCUUUCGCCUCGUCUGGGCUCUUACACACUACAAGCAGGUUUGUAAAGCAGUAGCUGAAGGCAAUUGCUGCUUUGGAACAAUAGACACUUGGCUCCUGUUCAAACUCACAAAAGGACAGGUCUUUGCCACAGACUACUCCAAUGCCAGUGCAACAGGGAUUUUUGACUCUUAUCAGAUGUGUUGGAGUGGGUUUCUCUGCUCUCUUGUGUCUCUGCCUCUCUCUAUUUUCCCCAAAGUAGAAAAUACAGGUCAUGAGUUUGGUUCCACAGACUCGUCUAUCUUUGGAGUAUCCAUUCCCAUCAUGUCAGUGAUGGCGGACCAGCAGGCAGCCAUGUUUGGAGAGUGCUGCUUUGAUGUAGGUGAUGUCAAGAUCACCAUGGGAACAGGUACCUUCAUGAACAUCAACACCGGCAACAAACCACACACUUCUGUAGCAGGUUUGUAUCCUGUGGUGGGCUGGAAGAUCGGCUCAGAGGUGGUGUAUCUGGCUGAGGGCAAUGCAGCAGAUACUGGCACCGCUAUCAAAUGGGCGCAGAAGCUGGAGCUCUUCUCUGAUGUGCAGGACACCAGUGAUAUGGCUUACAGUGUCAGUGACUCAGACGGAGUGUGUUUCGUCCCUUCUUUCAGUGGCCUGCAGGCUCCUCUAAACGACCCUAAAGCUUGUGCUUCCUUUAUGGGCCUCAAACCCUCCACCUCCAAAUGCCAUCUGGUCCGUGCAAUUCUGGAGUCCAUCGCUUUCAGAAACAAGCAGCUAUAUGAGACGAUGCUAAGAGAAACUCACAUUCCUAUCACCAAGAUCAGGGUGGAUGGUGGGGUAUCCUCGAAUGACUUCAUCAUGCAGCUGACUGCAGACCUGUUUGGGAGGAAGGUAGCCAGACCCCAGCACAAUGAAAUGUCAUGUCUGGGGGCUGGUUUUGUCGCUGGACUUGGAGUGGGCUUCUGGAAAACCAGAGAAGAGCUGAAGAAGCUGCAGACCACUGACGACUUGUUCAACCCUCAAGUAGGACACACGGAAGGUUUUGGUAACCCAAGUCGGGAGUACACCCCCAUCCUCCAGAGCUGGGAGAGAGCUCUGAGACGCUCCAUGAAUUGGUACAACAAGCCCUGACACCAGACGCAAGCACCGAAGACGAGGACAUAACUUUUGAGUACAUGUGAAAGCAGGUGGUCCAUUUAUUAAAACACAAUGACGGUUUUUCAGACAUGGUGACCAUCAGUUGUGUUUCUGAUUUUAUUGUUUUUAAAUUUUUGUGAAUCAAAACUCAAUCCUGGUCCAGUUGCUAAAAAAAAUGAGAUGCAAAGCUUUUGGUGACGGUAACUCGGUAUGCUGCGUAACCUUUACCAGUAGCCAAUGAAGGGUUUCAAGGGGAAGUGACAGCCAUUUUGUUCCUACUGAUAAAUGAAGCACAGCUGAAGGUCAUACACACUGACAUCAUGAUACUGCACUGAUAACUAUGGUUGAAAGUUAGGUUUGGGAAAAGGUCCAGCGAGGGUCGGAUCCAGGCCAUCAGCUUCCUUCACUACGUUCCCAGGCCUUGAGGCGUGAGUGGUGAUCACAAACAGAAGUUACUACCUUUUAGUUGAUUCUUGCUCAGUGUUGCAGCCUCAUCAGAGGUGCAUUUCAUUGAUUUACAUACCUCAAGUCAUAUGUGCCUCCUCAUAUCACUGUAUUUUAUCCAGAUGGAAAAAUAUUUGUACAUUUUUCCCACAUGGGGGCGCUAAUGACUGGCUUUAAAGCUUUCAUUUAUGAACUCGCCAUGGAAACCGCAUGUCACAUGUUUAUAAGGAGCCACAGAUUCAAAUCAUUUAUAUUAGAUAGAUCCUCUGUAGGGGGAACAUAGACAGGACAUGACCCUUCUGUUCAUGAUGCCUUGAGAUUCACCGAGCCACAUUUAGGAAACAGAAUUUCAGGAUAUUUUUAUUUGCCAAUGUCUUUUUUUUAUGUGUCUGUUUCUGCUUGACUUAACGUAGUAUUUUACAUGUGUUUUAAAUAUUUGAAUCCUCCAGAGACAAACCCAAGUCAUACAUAUGUUGCCUUUUGGAAAUGUAGAGCGGUUUCAUUUUAGCAAUCACGAAUUCUAAGUUGGAUGUGCCGGUUAUUCUUAUCACAAAAAUCCUCAAACUUUUCUAAAUUACAACUCUAUGUGUAGUGCUAGUAUAUACUCAUAAAAUGACCAUAGUUCAUAUUAUGAUCACCUCGGAUUGAAUCGAUCUGAACAAACUGAACUGUAUAUCGCUGUAAUAUCCUGCAAAUGAACAUGGAAAAAAGCCACAAACAAAAGCAGGUUGGUUCGUCAAUAUUAAGACAGUUGACUGGAAUUUGCUUUAAAUGGAUUGUCUGCUCUGAUAUGUGUUGGGUUUUAUUGUUCAGCACAUGAUUGCUCCUCAGACUUCUAUCAGGUAUGAUUAAUGAAUUUACGCACAAAAAUGUUCUGUGCGUAAAAAAAAAAAAAACCUGAAAAUUUAAAAAAAAUCUAAAUAUUUAACUAUCUAAAUAUCUAACAGAAGUUUUUAUAUUUGGCUAGAAAUGUUGGAAAAGUUAGUGUACUGACCCUUGUAAUUGAAUUGUCAUUACUUCUAUUAAGUUUUGGGGUUUUGGGGGGUUUUUUUGGCCACGUCACUCUGUUGUCACCUCUUUUUCUUGAUGCCCCAACUUUUAAUAUUUGCAUAUUAGAAGUAUAUAGAGAAACACAUUCAUUCUAAUUUUCUUUCGCCAAUUUUUUCUUAAAUUGGAUGGAAACUGGAUUGACUUUAUCAUGCAGUGUGCACAGCCUCUCCACAUUAAACACUAUCGCCAGUGCCGAAUCUGACCUAUGAGGAGGAAUAAUGUAUGCGGUCCUGUCUCAUUAUGAUUCAGUAAAUAUAAACUAACCGCAACUACUUUUCUCAAGUACUGUAUUUAAGUACAAUUUUAAGGUAUUUGUACUUUAUUUGAAUAUUUCCAUUUUGUGCUCCUCUACAAUUAUUUACCAGCUUUAGUUACUUUUAAGAUGAAGAUUUGGCACAAUUGAUAAUAUAACAAGCUUUUAAAAUACAUUAUUAAAGAUUAAACCAGAUUUGAGAUUAAAGCAGCUCCACCAAAUAGUGAUUUUUCCCUCUAAAGUGUUCCACAUGGUUUUGUUUCAAUAUUUAUAUCCAAUAUUUCAGCAAAAAUCAAAGAUUAGAGAAAAGAUUGGGAAUCACUGAAGUAAAGUAACUAACUGUAUACAGAGUAGUGUAAACUAGCUCCACCUCCAGCAGCUACAACAGUAACAUGCUGCUCACACACUGAUGCUUCAGUAUCAAUACUCUAAUAACAUAUAUCAGUCAGAGGGACCAAAUCACUACUUUUACUGCAAUACUGCAUACUAUAUCAAGCUGAUAAUACUUCUGUUAUUUUACUUAAGCAGAAUUAUUCGUGCAGGAAAAAAAAAAAAAAGGUUUUCUUGUGGUGUAUCGAACUGAAACAGCUAAUAAAGACAUGAGAGCUGUGCUGUGUUCACGGUGCCCUCUGACAACAGUUAUAAUCACAGUAAUGCCUGUAAUAGAAAUGGUAUUACUACUAGAAUAUUUCACCAGGUAUAGUGUACAACAAUGUAUUCUGGCACAUCUCUACUUCUUACAUAAUGCUUAAAUGUGACGACUAGCAAAAUACAAUCAUCACUUAUGAUACACAUUGAUGGUGAUAUUGUUUAAAUAAUAUGACUGGAACAGAAACUAAUUGUACAUGUUUUGUUCAGAUGAAGGGAUUCCCACUGGAUCCUAGUAUUUAAAUGUUUUUCUUUUCUUUGAAUGUAUCACAUGGUCAGUCUUGUCCAUCCCUAUGAAUCUCAUUCUUUAUCCAUUUGCUGAGUAAUGUCCCCCCCUUUUCAAUAUUGUAAUAUUGUUCUUCAUAUAUAUGAUGAUGGUUUGUUGUAGAAAGUGACACUGUGCAUAGUGCUGACAUUAAUGACAUUCCUGGUCAUCAAAUGUGAAAUUUUCUAACACUUGUACUUCAUUCAGUUCUUGAAUGGCUAAUAUUGACAUCCCAAGCUGCUGGGAAAUAACUGUACACCUGUGUAAUCAUUUUUUAGUAGAUUACAUAAUAAUUUCAAGAGCUGUUUAUGGUGUAAAAGGUAUUAAAAAUAUGAAUUGCCA